GGAAAUGCCCCCAAGGUCAUGGAUCCAGCCAAGGAGCUCAUCCGCCUUUCUCCAUCCGGGUCCCCCAUCAAAGGGCUGGAAGACCUGUGGGACACCAAGGCUUUGUCAUCCUCCCCACCCAUGCCUGUGAUCCACAACGUCUUCAGCCUGGCACCUUACCAGGAGUACCUGGAGAAGGCCAAAGACACAGACCCCAUCCUGUUCUGCAAGAGCCAUCUGUGGGAGGACUCCUCAGCCCAAAACACGGGUGGCAGCCAGGAGCCUGCUGCCCUCAGAGACAUCUCAGGGGUGUCCAGCCUCAGGUUGGGCAGUGAUGCAGUGCAGAGCCAAGAGGAAAGCUGUUCCAGGAGCAUCCCUAAAAAGCCAAAGCCUGUGCCCCAAGAACUGGAGUCUCAGGAGGGCAGCACAGACAGGGUGGGCACUGAGGAGCCGCCCCUGAAGGAAAUAGUGCUGGACCUUAGCUUCAAGAAGAGACUGCUAGAAGCUGGGAACACUCAGAGACCCAGUGGCUGUGGGGAGGGGACACUGGACCAAGAGGAUAAGGAGAAAGAGGCUGCAGGAGGGAACGUGGGCUUGGGAGAGGGAGCGCAGCCUCGGGUGCCUGAGGCGGACUCAGGGGACAGGAGCAACUUCCAGAGCUCAGCCAACUUCAUGUUCCAAAAAUACAAGCUGCUGCCCUCCCUCCCAGCCAGCACUGAGCCCCCCCAGCAGGAUGGCAGCUCUCCAGCCCCCCAGCCCAGCCCCCCCAGCAGCACCCCCACACCAGCUCACCCAGCCUCCUCUCCAUCCAGCAACCCCCCAUUCCCACCGCCUGGCCCCCAGCUCAGCAUCACCCUGGCCCCAGACCCUCCCCAGACUGUGCUUCCCAAAGCCCCCUCCACCCCGGAGGAAGAGGUGUUGCUGGUCAAGAAGGUCGGUGUUCUCCCCUCGGGGCGGUACUUCAGCGCCCUGCACACCUUGCUCUGUGACACCAUCUCGGGCUCGGUGUCCCGCUCCUCCCCGGAGCUCCUGCGGCAGUGGCUGAAGAAGGCUGAGCUGGCAGAAGAGCUGGGAGAGAUGCCCAAAUCCCUGCCCAGCCCCAAACAUGGCUCCAAGGCUGCCGGUCCUCAGAAGCCCAGCAACGGCAAGGAGAUCUG